AUGCACUUUAUAAAUUGAUAAAUAUGACGUACGCUGUUGUAUUUUCAUAUUCGCAGUGAACAUUGGAUCACAUCAACGUUGUGAGUGAUAGUAAUAAGAUAUUGAUUUUUUAAAAUAGUGUCAUUGAUAACAUUAUGAAGAUAAUUCAAGAAGGAUUUAAAGAAUUAUUUUAUAAAAAAGAAAUAACAAAGAAUCAGAAUAGUUUUAAUGUGAAAUCAAAUUACAAAUACAAUAUUGUCUGGAAGAAUGUAAUUGCGAUGAUCUAUUUGCACUUCGGAGGUCUGUAUGGAUGUUUUCUUUUUUUUAAACUUCAUGAAACAGCAUAUACAAGUUUCUGGUAUAUUUUUAUGGGACUAUGUACUUCGAUGGGUAUCACAGCUGGAGCCCACAGAUUGUGGUGUCAUAGAACUUACAAAGCAAAGUGGCCCCUUCGUUUCCUAUUGAUGCUUUCUCAAACACUUGCUUAUCAAAAUCAUAUUUAUGAAUGGGUGCGGGAUCACAGAGUACAUCACAAAUUCACAGAUACUGACGCGGAUCCGCAUAACGCGCGUCGAGGAUUCUUUUUUUCUCAUAUAGGUUGGUUGUUAGUCCGAAAGCAUCCUGAUGUAAUUAAAAAAGGUGCUACUGUUGACAUGAGCGAUCUGGAAAAGGAUCCCAUUGUCGUUUUUCAAAGAAGAUGGUAUUAUGUUUUACUUGUGUUCGUAUGCAUUAUUAUUCCGGUGUGGAUACCCUGUUAUUUCUGGAAUGAAAAAUUCAUAACUUCCUGGUACAUGAAUCUAGGAAGAUAUGUCUGGACUUUGAACUCAACAUGGUUGGUAAAUUCUGCUGCUCAUAUGUGGGGUAUGAAACCAUAUGACGUAAAUAUUCAACCAACCGAAAAUCUAUUUGUGUCCCUCUUUGCUUUCGGAGAAGGAUGGCAUAAUUAUCAUCAUGUAUUCCCGUGGGACUAUAAAACGGGUGAACUUGGUGGUUAUAAAACCAAUCUUACCACUGCGUUCAUUGAUUUCUGUGCUUUAUUGGGACAAGCAUAUGAUUUAAAAACUGUUCCCGAAGAAAUGAUUGCAAAACGAAUAGCCAGAACUGGAAAUGAAUCGAGCUGCAACAAAAACGAAAUCAUUCAUCAUCAUGAAGAUAUGAAAUGGGGCUGGGGCGAUAAAGAUAUGAAACCUCACGAAAUCGAAGAAACAAGAAUUUUUAAUAAAAAAGAUUAAUGGAUAUUCUAUAUUACACUAUAUUAAAUAUUUACUCUAGAUUUAAAGUAACAAAUAUUUAUUAUAAAUAUCACUAAUAGUUUGUAAUUUUCUUUAUCUAUAUGAAAUUCAGAUAAAGUGAUUUAAAUUGUUCAAUAAAUACAAUACAAUA